AUGCCAUCGAAGACUCAAGAGGUGAAGCAGGAGGCGGAGGCGGAGGAGGAGGAGGAGGAGAUUGCUGCAUUUCGGCCAACCCUUGCCAAAAGAACCCUUCAGGAUCUCAGCUCCACUGCGGGUCUUCCGUCAAUCGGACGCGUUCCGGCAACAACUAGCGUCACAAGCGCUCAGUAUGCCGAGGCGCCAAGAACACCGCAGAACGAAAUCCCUCCCAGCUGGGAAAGGUGUGACGUUACCAGGAUUCUGCUCAAUUCCAAGCUCCCAGGUGGGUUUCGUUGCAAAUCCACAACCUUCGGGGAUUGA